AUGGCGGAUACACUGCACAUCCACUGCAACCGUGUUGGUCACUUCGACUUACUGAACGUUGACCCUAAUUUUCUUCUUGUCUCGCAUGUCAAGGCAGACAUCGAAUGCCAAAAAAGAAUCCCGACGCAAAAACAAAAACUGACGUUCCAAGGUGUAGUUUUUGAAGAUGAUCAUCGCCUGAAAGAAUACGGCAUUGAGUCUGGCUCAACUUUAUUUCUCAGUGUCCCACUGGACUUUGCUAUUAAUAUUAAAGUCAGCAUCACUAUACCUUCUGGACCUGUGGUUAAUCUCUGGGCUAAUGAGAAAGAUACUGUAAGCACCCUCAAGAAACAGAUUCGGCGUUUGUAUCAUUGGUCUGCAAAAGCUUACGAGUUCGUAUUUGGCGACGCAUUUCUGAAGGAGAAUCAAACGUUGGCAUCUUGUGGACUAAAGAAUGGAUCUAGCCUCAAGAUUAUGCGGUAUGUGUCGGCGGAACUGGAGAGUACCCUG